CCGAACGACAUCCUGAGUUCAAAGUUCAUCCUGCUAACAUGCGUGUUUUAGUGGAGUGGCAGUGACUGCGUGCAGUAUUUAUCUGUCCAGAUUUACUAUGAAAGUACCUUUAGUCGUUGAUUUCGUGUGUUUAUUAUCUGCUAUGUGUCGAGUAUGUCCGUGAACGCAUCAAAACACGAGCUGAUCCAGCUGAUCCACCGCCAUUUGAAGGAGCAUGGUUUCCACUCAGCUGCAGAUGAGCUUCAGAGGCACAGCCCACAGGGGGACACAAAAAUAUCUGCAUCAUUACUGGAAAUCUAUAGUUCGUGGUUAAAUGACUCAAAAAACAAAAGGCCACUUGACUCGGCAAAGCACUCUACUGCGACUACAGCCACCUCCAAUCAGACUCAAGCUGAGGAUGACAGCAGCUCGGACAGCGAGGAGCUGAGUCAGAGUCUACUGCCACAGACUCCCUCAGCUUCUAGUACAAAACUAGCUCCAACAACCCCAGUCAAACCAGUGGCAGCAGCAUCUCCAAACAAAAAGAAACCAUUGAGCCCAGUCAAACCUGUAACUGCAGCCCAAGGGGAGUCCAGUGAUAGCACUGACAUAUCAGAGAACGAAGAGAAUACUCCAACUGUUACAUCAGCAUCAACAGUGACACCAGUGAAGCAGAAACAGAAAUCAACAGCCAAGGCAGUAAAAUCUGGUAAAAACUUACCUGAAAAAGCUACAAAGAAGCAACCUGACAAGAAAAAUCACAAGAGCAGCAAGAACACAGUCGGCAAAAACGAAGCUUCAGCUAAGGUCAAAACUCCCAAGAAGAAAGGCGGCGUCACCUCUGAGCAGAACACUCCAGCUGCUGCAACAGCUGGAAGAGCACCCUCUGUUGCCAAGCCAGCCACACCGAAGAAGAAGAAGGAACCUGCAAAAAAGGCAGAGACGCCAAAAAAGAAGUUGGUGCCAGCAAAAAGGAAAAAGAGUGAAGAAAAUGCUGUAAAGGCAAAGAAAUCAAAGACUAAAGACAAGGUCGCGGCUGCUGGUGGAGAUAGUUCAGACUCUGACAGUAGUCUGGAUGUAGAGAAAUGGAAGAGACUGCUCCUACAGAUGACAGAUGCUGACAUAGCCAAGAUGGACACCAUCAAUGCUUUGGACUCCUCUUCACCCACAAAGAAGAGAGUCAGGAAACCUCGGGCCAAAGCGCCGGCAAAAACUGACACUCUCGUUAAACAGAAUAAUGAGACGGUUGAAAAGAAUGGGGAGGUGGAGGAGAAAGCUGCGAAAGAGACACCAAAAACAGAUAAACUCAAGAAGAGCUGGCCAAAAAAGACAUCACCUGUGGAUUCCUCCGCUACCCCGAGCCAAGAGCAAAACCUGAACACUGCAGAGGAAAGAGCAGCAAUGUCCACUCUCUCUCCGUCAAAGAAAGAGAAAAGGAAAGUUGUGACUCCCAGUGAGGAAAAAACUGAUGAGACAACGUCUGAGCCCAAGAAGAAGAAGAAGAAAAAGGAAAAGGAGGCAUCUGAAAACAAAGUGGAAGAGAAUCUAAAUGAGACUGGGGAAGAUGGAAAAGAAAAAGACAGCAAGAAGGAGAAGAAAAAGAAGAAUGAAGUCAUUGAGGCAGAGGAGAAGAAAAAGAAGACAAAUAAAGAUAACAAGAAGACUGACACUCAAGAAGAAAUGAUAAAAAAGAACGAUAUUAAGGAAAUUUCAGAGCCAAUAGUAAAAGAAAAGAAAUCCAAGAAGAAGAAAAAGGAGACAGCUGAUAGUGAGGAGAUUUUAGAGCCAAUAUUGGAAGAAAAGAAAGAAAAGAAGAAGAAAAAGGAGACGGCUGAUAGUGAGGAGAUUUUAGAGCCAAUAUUGGAAGAAAAGAAAGAAAAGAAGAAGAAAAAGGAGACGGCUGAUAGUGAGGAGAUUUUAGAGCCAAUAUUGGAAGAAAAGAAGAAGAAAAAGGAGACAGCUGAUAGUGAGGAGAUUUUAGAGCCAAUAUCGGAAGAAAAGAAAGAAAAGAAGAAGAAAAAGGAGGCAGCUGAUACUGUGGAAAACUCAGAGCAGACAGCUGAAGAAAAGAAAGCAAAGAAGAAGAAAAAGCUCAUUAAUAGUUUGGAAAAUCCAGAACAAGCAGUUGAAGAAGAGAAAGAAAAUUCAGAGCAGAUAGUUGAUGAAAAGAAAGCAAAGAAGAUGACAGAAAUGGCUGAUAGUGAGGAAAAUCCAGAGACAAUUUCAAAAGAAAAGAAAGCAAAGAAAAAGAAGAAAAAGGAGAAUCCUGAUGAAGAGAAUUCUGAGCAGAUAGUUGAAGAAAAGAAAAUUAAGAAAAAAAAGGACAAAGCGGAACAUAAUGAGGAGAUGUCGGAGCAGAUAGUUGAAGAAAAGAAAAUUAAGAAAAAAAAGGACAAAGCUGAACAUAAUGAGGAGAUGUCGGAGCAGAUAGUUGAAGAAAAGAAAAUUAAGAAAAAAAAGGACAAAGCGGAACAUAAUGAGGAGAUGUCGGAGCAGAUAGUUGAAGAAAAUACAACAAUGACAAAGGAAAUGCCGGAGCAGGUUACCGAAGUAAAGAAGAAAAAGAAAAAGGCGUUAUACAAUUCAGCUGACUCAGAGCAACUACCUCCAUCCACCCCUGAGACACCGAGUACUCCAACAGAGAAGAAGAAAAAAAAAAGCAAAUUGAGACCGGCUGAGAUCCCAGAAACACCUUCAGUUUCUGUCCAAGAUGACACCGCAACACAAACACCGUCAAAUGACACCCAGAAACAGAAAAGGAAAUCUUUGAAGAUCUCAGAGUCGUGAAGCUGCUGCUUCCCUGCUGAGCCAUAGAAUAAAGGCAACAAAUCCUAUUUCUAAUCAUAUAUUAAUGGUUAGAAAGAUCACUGAAAGCUGUUAAGAGAAAUGGACAUUUUUAAAAAUCUAUUUUGGUACAUUUUUACAUUUGUAUCUUUUUCAUUUGUUUUAUGUGUUUACCCACUAAGCGUGUUAUACCGCCGCUGUCUUUUACUUAAUGUUUUAUAUGUUAAUUGUCAUUUUAAUGGUUUGAAUACAGUAUAUAAAAGGGAUUAUGACUGAUUUUUUGAUGGAAUGGAUGAUCCCUCGAUGAUAUUUGUUUUCAAAGUGAAAUUCAGUCAUUGAAUGGAGAGAUGUCUCCUUUAAGCACAUUCUCGUUCAGUCUCAGGAAUUUCUCCCAUGAUGGUCCUCAAUCUUAAUUUGUUAUCUAUAUACAUUUAUUAACCCAGCAUGAAAGAUAAAGACUUGUUAAAGAAAAGAAAAGGCUACAUCGCAACAUUUUUUGUCCAGUUUUUUUAUUUAUUCAAAAAUAAUGUGGAAAAAAUUGCCUAUUUUGGUGUUGGUCUGUGAAGAGCAUGUUUCAAACUAACUUUUUUACAUGUUUGAUAUGACUUUCAUACAUGCAUUGUACAAUAUGCUUUUAAUACAAAUUAAACUUGAUAGUUUUGUAAA